CUGUAAGUGUUCGCAGAAACACAGGUUGCACAAUAAAUUAAUGUAUACAUUCGCUUUCAACCGUGCCAUGUACAGUACGGCUUUUAUCCUUCUACUGCUAGCCUUGACCUUUAUCUCACCGAAAAAAACCGAAAACAGAAUCAAGUGACAUGGUUUCAAUGAUAUGAAUUACAAGGGAUGAAUAUCAAGGUAUAGAUCAAGGAUAACAAGAUUAAUGACUUGACAGUUUUAAACAUAAGAUACUUGUACUUCUGUUUAGUGAGUACAACAAGAAUAUCACCAUGGUUUUAUCUGAUACAAGUAAAGGUGAUAUAGGCUGGAAGAAAUGGCUGGUUGCCGGAUGGGCGUUCAUGGAAUGUUUGUUCUUUGCUGGACUUUUAUAUGGAUGGGCUUCUAUAAACUUUGUACUGAAAUCUGAAGGUAUAUACGCUGACUUAUGUGAAGAUACAGUUAAUAGUUCUUUCCUAACUUAUUCUGUGAAUAAUAGUGAAUCAUCAGUAGUGAAUGUGGUAAUGUUAAAUGCUACAACAACAUCAUCAAAUAUGUCUGAAGUCUCUGCCAAGAAGCAACCAUGUAAACCCCAGGACAGUAAAAUGGCGCUAUGUUUUACUGUUGGAUCUGCCAUGUUCUGUAUUGGCUGUGCUGUCUUGGGUUAUAUCCAUUUCCGGUUUGGAACUAGAGUAACAAGAUUAAUUUCCUUUACAAUGUUUGUGUCUGGUACGUUAAUGAUGGCAUUUAUUAGCAAGGAGAAUCCAUGGUUGAUGUUUCCAGGACUGUCUCUGAUGGGUACAGGUGGUCUUCCUAUCUUAGUAACAAACACGCAGGUAUCCAAUUUGUUUUUGGCAGGAAGUUCAUCAGUCGUAGGGUUACUGUGUGGUGGGUUUGAUAUGUCAUCUGCUGUCAUGCUUAUUGUCAAGAUUGCAUAUGAGAAUGGUUUCAGCAGAAUGAACAUGUUUAUUAUUAUCACAGUAAUGCAUUCCCUUUUCUUGGUCAGCACAUUUUUCUUCCUUCCAAAAGAUUUCAUAUCAAAACCUGUUGUAAAGCAAGGUAUGGAAUCAGAGAUUCCUGAAGAUGGUGAAGCUGGGAUAGAACUUCUGAAGCAAAAUAAUCAAACAGGGGAGGGAACUGCUGCUAAAACAGAAUUACCAAGUUUAUUGAGUUGCCUAAAACAGACAAAGUUUAUAACACAUGUCAUCUGGCUAUGUAUUCUACAACUCAGAUUCUAUUACAUUUUGGGGACACUUAAUCCAUAUUUAAAUAGAAUCUUAGAUGGAGAUGAGAAACAAGUAAGUUAUUUCACAGAUAUAUGCUUCUAUAUCAUGAUGGGUGGACUGUUGACCUCAUUUCUCUCUGGGAUAGUUUAUGAUUCACAGAAAAGAGUAUUCUCAGAUGGUAAAUCUCAGAUGUACAGGGAAAUAAUGCCUGCAGUAUUACCAUUGGCUCUAGCAAGUGCUCUAUCUGUGUUGUUGUCUAUACUUGUCCUCAUUCCUGUAACUGAGGUUCUUUAUCUUACCUUCAUAGUGAUGACAGUAUAUAGAUCCUUCCUGUAUAGUCUAGGUGCAGCAUUCCUCAGUGCCAUAUUUCCAAGUGAAUAUUUUGGUAUGUUGUAUGGAAUCAUGAUAGUAUGUGCAGGUAUAUUCAGCAUUCUACAGUAUGCUUUCUUCUCAUGGGCCGAGGCAUAUCCCGAGGCUCCACUGCAUGCCAACAUUUUCCUUCUUUGUUUGGUUUUAUUUUCGUUUGUACAUCCUCUGUAUCUAUGGAUCACAUGUUGGAAGGAAGAGAAGAAGUUCAAGGUUAACUAAAGGUCAAGGUUGAACAGAGCUUAAAUUCAACUAUAGGUCAAUGUUGAGGUGAGGUUAAGGUCAACCAUAGAAGAUGAGAUGAUUGAAAUGGAAAUUUUUUUUCGAAAAACUGUAAAUCAUGAUGGUGAGAGGGAGAGAAGUUUCUUCUAUGUUUUCACAGAAAAAAAUUGACCACUGGUGACUAUAUGCAUAACUGUAUCAAAAUAUGAAAAGGAAGGAUAUGUACCUGGUUUGCAAAAUUAUGGCUUUUUGCUUACAAAUUUUUACUAAAUAUCUUAUGUUUAUUUCAACAAAUGACAUUAUUAUAUUACAAAUUUUUACUAAAUAUCUUAUGUUUAUUUAAACAAAUGACAUUAGAUCCUCAUUAAGUAAAUCAAGUUUUAAAUGAAUAACAUGAUUUACUUAGAUAAGUUUGAUACUUUAAAGACUACAGAAAAGAAUUUAUUGAAAUUGUGAUUUCACAUAAUAGUUUAAACACUAUUUAUAAGAGUUUGAUUUUGAAAAAAGCGUAUUUGAACCAUAUUGAAGUCUAACCUCUACUGAUUGAGGAAACCUAAUCAUGACAAAAGUAGGGUUGAAUCCUACCAUACCAGUGUUGGAGAGACAGAUACCUUACUCAAAGGACCACCACUCCCCUUCAAUAUACUUCAAAUUCAUAGGAUCAGGUUUAGUUAUCAUUAUAUCAUUACUUUAAAUAUAUGUUGGGUGGCAAUAUUGAAAUUGCUAUUUUCUUGGGUGAAAGUUUUGCGCAUUGAUAGGCCUAUAAGUGAUGCAGUUAAGGUUAUAUAUCAAGAGCUCCGGGGGAAUCCAGCUUCCUGGACACCCAGGCAGGGCUUUGGCCUGGACCCACUGGGGUUCCUAUGGCCCCCCCCAACUAAAAUUUUCAGUAUCUUACAAAUUUGCAACUUUCACCCAUGUAUUUUCAUGAACCUGAUUAAAAUUUAACAAGAAUAGUACUGAUGUAUGUCAAAUAUAACUGUCCCGUUUGGAAGUGAAUCUGUCAUUCACUUGAUAAUAUAAAAAUAAAUAAAUAACUUUACUUCAUUAUGAACUUGCAUGAAUGAACUAUAGAUGUUUAUAUAUUUAAGGUGCUAAAUUGAAACUGUGAAACCAAGAUUGAUACUGGUUUUUUAUGGAGAUAUUUAGCAGUGAUUCGUAUAUAUAUUCUAUACAUGUAUACGCAAGCAUAUAAUUAAUUAUUACAUUUGAUGUCAUUUAAUUUAGAAAUAAUUGGAUUAUUUUAGUUAUAUAUUUUAAUAGUCCUGCUGAUAAGUAAGAUAUUAAAUUUUAGAUCUGAAACAAUGAUAAUCAUAUUACCAGUAAUUAUAAUUGCUGAAAAUAAAGUAUAACCAUGACUAAACUGAAUGUUUUUUUAUGAACUAUUGAAGCUAAGAUAAUAAGUACCUUUAAAGGCUUAUGCUACUGUUUUUCUUGUAGAUAAGUAGGCAGAUGAAGAUUUUUGACAGGUUAUAUGGUCCCUAUAAUGCUACUGGCGAGGGUUUUAUUGCAAACAUCUGUUUAUAUAUGGUCAUAUAACCUGUUUGGAAUAUUUAUAACUAAAUUGUAACUCUACAAACUUUCUUUUUUAGUGAAAAAAGUGAGAUUUCUUCAUGAAUUGACAGUAGCAUUGUAUAUAAAAUUAUAUAAAUAUCACAAUUAUCCAAUGAAAAGUGGCGUUAUAAAUGUUGUGUUAUAAAACUGUAUAUAAACUUUUUGUGCACUUGUCAUAGGGACCAUUUGAUUUGAGAUAAAAUAAAUCAUUAGAGCCAUGUACCUCAUGUCAUGAACAAAUCUAAAUAUUUAUUUUUGUGAACAAUGCUGGGCCAUUUUAGCCCACUAAUUUUAGUUUAAUAUUUUCGUUGAAGAAUGAUUUUGUUUAUAUAUAUACACAAUAUAUUUUAUCCACCAAAUAUUUCUAUUGUUAAUAUUGAUGUCAGAAUUAAUUGAAAAUAUUUAUAUUUGUUAGAAUUUUGUAAGAUUCACCAUAGUUCAAGGUGAGUUUAUUAAUUUACAGGUUAUAAAUUUAUAUGAGCUAUUUAAAAGCUGAUUUUGUUGAGAAAUGAUAGAUGUAAAUGACCCUAAAUUUUAUGGGUUAUUCAAAUAAAAGCAAAGAUGAGAAAAAAAGUAGUCAUAAAUGUUUCCACAUUUAAACAAUUUGUCUUAUAAUCAGGAUGAUUGUCAAUUUAGUCAAUCACAGGUAAAGAAAUAACUAUAUUUAUAUAGCCGGGAGUAAGCUAUUUACCUUGUAUACUCUGCUUUACUAUAUGUUUACUAUAUGAGCUGCAUCAUGACAAAACCAAGGUAAUGCGUUUGCGACCAGCAUGGAUCCGACCCUAUUACAAGUAGAGAAACUGAUAGUGAACAGCAUGGAUCCUGAUUAGACUGCGCAAAUGCGCAGGCUGGUCUGGAUCCAUGCUGGUCGCAAACACACUAUGUUGGUUUUGUCAUGGCGCGGCUCAAUUAUAUAUUUUGCAGAGUGUAUUUGUUGAUCAGAUAUCAUAUUUUCAUAGCCUCUUAUGCUUAAAUGUAGUUUGAUAUUUGUUGUAUUUUUUGUUUUAGCUAAAAGUAGUGGUAAAUCAAUAUAGUAUGUUUUGUAAUAUUUUAUGUUACACAUAGGUUAUAGUAUACGAAAUUAAUCGAAAUAUGAAGUUUUUUGUUAGUUUUGAUUUAAUGAGAUGUUUAAGUAAAUUUUACUUCAAGCUAGACAUAAUUAAACAAAUCUGGUCUUAAAUCUAAAAGAUAUUGUUACUUACACAGUUAAAUUAUUACAGAUAACACAAUAUUUAUACAAAAAGUCUCUCUUUUUUAUGUAGUAAAUAAUCAUGCUGAGUCUAUCUUGGUAUGUAAAGUGCCUUUCUGAUUUUGUAUCUUUUUUGCAAACUGUUAAUUUAUACACUUAAUACAACUUUAAUGUAAGUAAGUGUAUAGAUAGAGCUGUUGUUUACUUACAGCAGUGUCAGGUAAUAUUUUUUGUGUAUAUACAUAUAAAAAAAAAAGAUAAACUGUUAAAUAAAUUAUAAGGAUUGAAAAAAGGUAAUAAUUAUAUGGGUAUAUGAAAUCUUAGAUGUACUCUUUGCUUUAAGAAAGUAUUGCAUUAAAAAAUGUCGUUGAAUGUCUUUCAGCGUAUAUUGAUAGAAAGAUUUUAAUUUUUGAUGUUUAACUUGACUUAUGUAUAAGUCAUGAAGUGUACUAGUUUAGAUCUUUUUAUUUUGUUAUCAUAUGAAAACUGUUACACUAUUUAAUAUUUUGUAAUGAGUUAAAGUAUUUUGAUAAGUAGCUCUAUUAGAUAUUUUUUUUUAAAGUUUAUAGGAACAAUGACUCAUUUUAACAUUAACCUGCCAGAACCAAAUUAGUCUUUGCCACCAGUAUAGAGCCAGGCUAGCAUAUGUUACUAGUUUCCUUACUAUUACUAGAAUAUUUUUUCUUUUUGUAUUUUGAUGAUGAAACCCCUCAACCUUUGAAUGGACUGUUCCAACUUCAAAGCUGGGCAAAUCCUUUACACAAAUUAAGCAGGUGUUAUGGUUUAAAUUAACAUAUUUUAAUGAUUUAUGGAGGGUACACUACUUGUCUCAAAUACUUAUUUUAUUUUUUAUGCACAACUUUUAUAAUAUAUGAUUUUUUAAAUAAAAAUUAACCUCUAUAAAUUUUGUAUACCUUGCAUUUUGAUUGUGUUAAUAACUUCUUGUCAAAAACUGUUAUUUUUUUACACUAACUUUUAAGUAAUUACAUUCAGUACAUGUAACAUCCAAUAAUGGGCAUUAUCUUUGGUGUUUAGUGGCAUUUUUAUUCUUUUAAAUUUCUUAACCCUUUACAUUGUGAAUCCAAAUCCUGAAUGACACUUUGAAUUCUUUCACAUUAAGAAGCUAUCUAGCUAGCCCAUCAAAGAUUAGUUGGUCUACCAGCUCACAUCUUAAAUAAUGAACAGCUGGCACCUGAGGUCCUCCUAUACCAGAAAUGCUACUAAGUUUCCAUACAAUAUUGAAUUUAAAUCCAACAAUAACAAAAACCAACAACCUUAAAACAAAUUAUUUAUUAGGCAUUGUGUUACUAAUUUUCCAUGACACUAGUUCUUCAGAACAGGCUCUUGGCCAUGCAGUAACUGUGAAUGUAGUUACUAAGAAUAGUAUAUCCCAAAGACUUUGUUUGCUUAAAAAUAUUUAUGAACAGCCACGCGAGGAAUAACAAACUACAUGUAUCAAAUUGUGUUUAAUGGCCCUACCAUACUAUAAGGUAUGGCCUCUAUUUAUUGUUUUAACCAACAAUACUUAAACAUGUGCAAAGAAUAGUACAUACAUCAAUAUUAUGCAAAUUAAUACAAUAAAGAAAAUACACAUGUAGGAAUAAUAAUUAAUCGAAUUCUACUAUAAUAGUAAGAAAUGUGAGGGUUUCGUAAGAAAAACGCCAUAAAAGCUAGAAUUAGAUGGUUUACUUAAAAUUAAUAGGAAUCUCAUUAUAGUCAUAGAUUAUAAUAUUUAUUUAUUUUAUUUUAUUGUCCACCAGACUAAAUAUGAAAAAAAAACCAUGACAUUAUUGUUGAUUUUACACUACCAAAUUAUUUAUAUUUAAGACUUUCGGAGUGAAUACAUUCAUGUACAUUGAACCUCCUUGUAUGACAGUACUUGGACGUAAAAGUUUUAUUGUUUUGCCGUCAUUUUAGCAUAUGAUUAUUUGACAUUUAUUGUUAUUAGAACUUGUUAGUCCCCUACCGGUUUACCGGAGGGGACUUUAGGUUUACCCUCCGUCCGUCUGUCCGUCCGUCCGUCCGUCUGUCCGUCCGUCAGUCCGUCCGUCCACAAAACUGGAUCCCGCGAUAACGCAAAAAGUACUGAAAAUAUUUUAAUGAAACUUGAUAUAUGGAUAGAUGGCAGUAUGGAGAUUAUGCACGUCUUUUUUUUUUCUUCCUAUGUUGAAAAUUCUGGUUGCUAUGGCAACAAAUAGACUGAAAAUAUGACAAAUUUUACACAUAAACUGGAUCCCGCGAUAACGAAAAAAGUACUGAAAAUAUUUUUAUGAAACUUGAUAUAUGGAUAGAUGGCAGUAUGGAGAUUAUGCACGUCUUUUUCUUUUCUUCCUAUGUUGAAAAUUCUGGUUGCUAUGGCAACAAAUAGACUGAAAAUAUGGCAAAUUUUACACAUAACCUGGAUCCAGUGAUAACACAAAAAGUACUGAAAAUAUGUUUAUGAAACUUGACAUAUGGGUAGAUGGCAGUAUGGAAAUUAUGCACAUCCUUUUCUUAUCUUCCUAUGUUGAAAAUUCUGGUUGCUAUGGCAACAAAUAGACUGAAUUUCAAGAUUUCUUAUUCUAGUUUUUAAGUUUUUUCACUAUAAGUUCUUUAUUUCUUAAGGUAUUUUCUUCAAACUUUAAAUAUAAGUUGCUUGUCAUCAAACCAUAUCAUAUGUGGCAAGGUUUACAACUCUAGUACAAAAUUUAUCAGAAUUACCUCCCUUGAACUUAAAAUUUUCAUGAAAAAAACAUUGUUUUUUUUUAAUAACUUCUUUUUCUGAAUGUAUCUACUUCAAACUUCAUAUAAAUGUUUCUUAUUGUCACUCAACAUUUGCGAGUGUUCAAUACUCUAGCAAGACUAUUUCCAGAAUUAUGCCCCUUUUGAACUUAGACUUUUUUUUGAGAAAUUGGUAAUUUUUACUCCACAACUUCUUCAAUCAUGAUAGGAUUUUAAAAAUGUUAUAUUUUGAUAACAGGGAUGUUUAAAAAAUAACUUUAGAGUGUCCUUCAGUCCGUCUGUCUGUACAUAAAAACUGUUUCCUGUGAUCACUUUUAAAGAACUUUUUCAACAAAUUUACUUAAAAUAGGAACCUAAGUGAAUGGCCCUUCAGAAUGUUGCUUGGGCUCUUACCGGUAGGGGACUUAUGGAUUGCUUGCAAUACUAUGAUAAUUUCUUGUUAUUUAUGUUUUAACUAUAAAGGUAUUUUAAAAGCAGUAUUUAAGUUGUAUGGAUUGUUUAGAAAAAGCAGAGAUCCCUUUGAAGAAAUAAAAACAACAUAAUUUGAGGAAAAUUGCAGACUCGGUUUAAUUGAGUAUGUACAUGAGUGAUAGCGAAAAAGUGCAACGCCCGCAGCACGGGUUUUAGUCUGACUUAGUCGGACUCAAAACAACUUAUUUAAUACUGACACAUACUAAGUCAUUUCAUUAUAUCAAUAGCUUUAAUUUUUACAAUAUAUUUAGUUUGAUAAAUUAAGUAUUGAUUUUGUUUUACUUUAUGUAGUAUCUUAUUUUAUUUCAAGUUGAUUUUAUGUUCACAAUGUUUUAAAAACAUGUGUUGAAAUUUUAGAUUACAAAUAUUGAAAAAGGGUCUUUUCAAUAUUUGAAAGAACCCUAAUUGAAAUGAGUAGAAACCUAUCUUUUUUGAAAGGACAGAAUGAUAGAUUAAUUUUUUUUUUGACAUAUUUUGAUAUUUUAGACAGUUUUGUUAUGUUUGGCAAUGUAAAAAAUAAACAAUUUUUAUUGUUGAAAGAUAUUUUAAAUGCUUUUUUGCAAUAGCGUAGAAUUUUAUUUUUGUGUCAUAUUUUUGAUUAAUGUGUGCUUUUAUUUGAAAAUAUAUUAAUAAAGGAUAGUUAUUAUUGUGAAAA